UGCGGUUUUGGAUCAUGGCUGGACGCACGGUUGGAGGCGUUGGGAGUAGACCGAGCUGUUUACGGCGCCUACAUCUUGGGUGUCCUGCAGGAGGAGGAGGAAGAAGAGAAGCUGGACGCUCUGCAGGGUAUCCUCUCUGCUUUCCUGGAAGAAGAAUCCCUCCUUAAUGUCUGCAAGGAGAUUGUCGAACGAUGGUCGGAAACUCAAAGUGUCGUCACCAAAGUUAAAAAAGAAGAUGAGGUGCAGGCCAUUGCCACUCUAAUAGAGAAGCAGGCACAGAUUGUGGUGAAGCCCAGGAUGGUGUCAGAAGAAGAAAAGCAGAGAAAAGCUGCCCUCCUAGCCCAGUAUGCUGAUGUGACAGAUGAAGAGGAUGAAGCAGAUGAGAAGGAUGAUUCAGGUGCCACUACAAUGAACAUUGGUUCUGACAAGUCUCUGUUCCGAAACACCAAUGUGGAAGAUGUCCUGAAUGCCCGAAAACUGGAGCGAGACACGCUUCGGGAUGAGUCCCAAAGGAAAAAGGAGCAGGACAAGCUACAGAGGGAGAGGGACAAACUAGCUAAACAGGAGCGCAAGGAAAAGGAAAAGAAAAGGACACAGAGAGGGGAGCGAAAGCGAUAGCCUUGGACUACUUCUUUCCCUCUGUGAACUUGAUCAAAGGGAGAAUUAUUUGUGCACACGUGUAUUUAAGAGAAAUGAGAGAACAUUGCAAUAUGGCUUUUCAAGGCAUUUCCCCUUUUGUUUACAUAGUUGAAGGAAAAUCACAAUCACUUCUAAUUACAAAAUAUGCCAUGUUUCAGUGGUGUGGGCAAUCAGAUUAUUAUAGUUGAUGUCUGUACCAAAGAUCUGGAAUGGGGGCAACCUUUAUAUUUUAAUACUGAAGUCCUGCAUUCCUUUUGGCUACUUUAGAAUCUUCCCUAACCUUGUAUAAAUAACAAGAGGAUUCAUAAGGCUGUUAAGGUUUUCAUCCUGAAGGACCAGAAGCAUGAUCACUCCUUCCCCAAGAUGAAACAUGGAAGUACAAAUUGCUUCUAGAGACAGUAUUCCUCCCUAAAUGUAGAAUUGUUUUAUGGCUGAAAUAGAAAGUAAUGAAGAGCUUUACCUGGACCCAGAUUGUAUCUUACAUUAGCUGCAAACUAGGAAAAUGGAAGAUUAUUUGGGAUGUGUUCUAGAUCUGAGAUUUUUUGUUUGUUUGUUUCAGCCUAUGGGAGGAAAAGAAGUAUCCAUAAGUAGAGAUAGUUACAUAUUUUUCUUCCUGUAGGCUGUGACCAUGUUUUAGGAAAGGUGUCAAUAUCACAUGCAAGUAUAUCAUGGUUUAGCUAGAUUCACUUUUUUUAUAAUCAUGAAUUUUCUUGAGUGCUGGUAAAGAUUUUAAUCCUGAUUGUUCCUAUGAAUUAUGAACAUUAGCACUUGGUAAUUCCUGGUU